AUGAUGACACCCUUACCUUUUGGCCAACAGGACAAGACUAUUGUGUAUCUAGAUGACCCUAAGCCGGAGCGUUGGCAAAGCUGCUUAGCAUAUGGAGCAGAGGAACGUGUAUUCUAUACCAGACUAGACCCAACUGAAAUGACGUUGCCAACGGUACUUGACCAAUUGUUCGAAUCUUCCAUGGAAACGAUGCAGAAACACUUUCGAGAGACAAAUGUUACAAGAACGUUUCCAGCUCAAGGAAGUGUCUCUUCAUCGAAAUACCGAUUCAUGUCAUUACAAUUGACCUCGGGUGACUUCAGCGAUACGAAGUUCCAGUGGCCCGAACAAAACGAAAGUUAUGAGGGUAUGAUUGUGAGACCAAAAGUUAUGAUAGCGCGGAUACGAAACUUAUUAUAG